AUGACAUUUCCAAACGACACGUGACAGCUGAUAUUACAACAAUAGAAAAGUAUUUUCUGCAUAGAUUCUCGUAUGUGCUCCACGUUUUUCACGAAAUUCAAAAAUUUUGAGACACCCUGGUCAAAUAGUAUACGAUUACGAUAGCUAGAUAAUCAUUAUUGCUAAAUAUGAUUCCAUCACUGUGUUCAUCUUCAAGGACUCAUGCUCACAGGGUUGUUAUUACUGGAAUAGGCAUUGUAUCACCUCUUGGUGUUGGCUUACAAAAUUCUUGGAAAUCCCUGAUCAAUGGAAAAUGUGGUAUCGAUACCCUUGAAGGAAAACAAUACGAGAAGCUACCUUGCAAAAUUGGUGCUCAAGUUCCACGAGGCAAAGAACCAAACGAGUUGGAUAUAAAUUCUCUCUUCUCCAACAGUCAGCUGAGGACAAUGUCUAUGGCAACGGCAUAUGCUUUGGUUGCCGCAGAAGAAGCACUGAGAGAUGCAGACUGGAAGCCUGAAAAAGAAUCUGAACGGGAGGAAACUGGGGUAGCUGUUGGUGUUGGAAUGAUUGAUUUAACCGAUGUAUGUGAAACAAACGAUGCCUUGAACAAAGGUUACAGUAAAAUCAGUCCUUACUUUGUUCCAAGGAUCCUACCUAACAUGGCUGCAGGUCAAAUUAGUAUGAGGUAUGGAUUUCGAGGACCAAAUCAUGCUGUGUCAACCGCUUGUGCCACAGGGGCACAUGCAAUUGGUGAUUCGUUUCGCUUCAUACGAACUGGCGAUGCAAAAGUGAUGAUCUGCGGAGGUGCGGAAGCCUGUAUCAGCCCGCUCGCAAUUGCAGCAUUUUGCCGAUUGAGGGCUUUGAGUACAUCUCGAAAUGAUUCACCCCAAGAAGCAUCUAGGCCUUUUGACAAGGACAGGGACGGUUUUGUAAUGGGAGAAGGAUCAGCGAUAUUGGUUCUCGAGGAAUUGGAACAUGCGCUAACGCGAAAUGCAAAAAUUUAUGCUGAGGUAGCGGGAUAUGGACUGUCAGGUGAUGCUGCGCACUUGACGGCACCCAGAGAGGAUGGCUCUGGAGCAAUUCUAGCCAUGCAAAGGGCACUUAGAGAUGCUUCCAUCGACAAAACCCAAGUGUCCUAUAUCAACGCCCACGCAACAUCCACUCCUCUAGGUGAUGCGAUCGAAGUUAAAGCAGUGCAAACCUUGUUCGGCGCUCAUAGCAAAAACCUUAUGGUAUCUAGUACCAAAGGAGCACAUGGUCACUUGUUGGGAGCUGCAGGGAAUUUAGAAGCUGCAUUUACAGCAAUGGCAAUAAAAGAAGGUUUGGUUCCACCAACGAUAAAUUUACAAAAUUUAGAUUGCGAUUCUCACAUCAAUAUUGUCGCCAAUUUUCCGAAAAAAUGGACAGAAACUUCGAGAAGAAUUGCGCUAAAAAAUGCCUUCGGGUUUGGCGGUACGAACGCAGCUUUGUGCAUAGCGCAGUAUGUUGAUUAAAGUGGAAUAAUUUAUCCAUGUUC